AGUCCAUGUUCUACAUCCCGACGAACGGGAGUAAUGAUGUUGGGAGGAGGAGGAGGAAGGUCCGGUCCUGGAGUCGGGGGAGCUUCCUGGGACGUGGAUCCUUUGGGAUGGUGUUCGAGGGGAUCACCAACAUAUCUAUGAAGGCAAGAGAAAUAUCCCAGACAAUUCCAAACUAUGUCCAGCAAUCAGCACUAAAAGGACAUUAAAAAAAUAGAUGAAAGGUGGUUUCUCUUGCACAGGUGGAGCAAAGGACACAAGUUAGAUCCGAAUUAUUGGGAGGGCAAUGCCUUCUGUUAAGCAUGUCAUAAGUAUUGAGUCGAUCAAUUAACAGGAGCCAUCCAAAAACUUUAACCUUCAUAGCACACUUACUCUUCCAGAUCCAAGCUAGAUAACUAGGCGCAUGUAUAUGCAUGAAAUUAAUGUCAUAUAUUUUCUUGGAAGAGAACAAACCAUUUCCCCAAACAUAAGACCAGACAUCAUUCUCAUCAGAUAAUUGAUCUAAAGGAUCAGCUGCAGACAUUGUAUCAUACUCAUGGAAGGCUUGCUCAGACAGAGGGAGAUUAAAACGCUGCGAAAUACUCUUGGAAGAGGUUAAACUCACUGAAUCCUUCAAAGAAACAGCAUAAGAGUGAAUCCUUGGGUACAUUACUGACCUGACUUUAUUAUUCCAGAAAUCAUCCCAAAACAGACAAGUCUUUCCAUCCCCAACCUUACAGGUGGACAAUCCCCUAAAAAUGUCUGCAAAUUGUAGAACAUCUUUCCACCAAAAAGACCCUCUAGGGCGAUCAGCAUGAGGAACUUUAUUAAUAUAAUAAGUGGACCAGAUCAAGCUAACCCAAGGUAUUGAGAGCCUAUUAUAAAAUUUGUGCAUAUUUUUCAUUAAAAGAGCAUUAUUAUGCAGCCUCAGGUUAAUGACUCCUAGACCUCCUCUACUUUUAGGUUGACAAACCCUUUCCCAAAGAACCAAAGAUUUCCUGCUAGAAUUAAUAUCAGUUCCUCUCCAUAAACAAUUUCUUCUAGCUCUAUCAAUGUUUUCAAUUAUUGACUUUGGAAGGGAAAGAGAGCACAUAUAGUAAGUUGGGAGGGAAGAUAAAACUGAAUUGACCAUAGUUAAUCUAUCUCCAUAAGACAGAAGAGCAGAAGUAGCAGACAAUCUUCUCUCAACCCUAUCAACUAAGGGGGCAAAAUCAAUUAUCUUUGGCCUAGUUGUUCCCAAAGGCAGACCUAAAUAGGUGAAGGGUAAAGUGCCCACUGAGCAACCAAACAUCUUGGACAAAUGCUGCACCUUUUCUAUAUCCACAUUCAGAGGAAUCAUCCAUGACUUACUGUAGUUAAUCUUCAAACCGGUAGAAUCUGCAUAAGAGUUGAGAAUAACCUUCAAACAGAAAAGCUCUUUUGAGGAAGCUGUCAAGAAAAGGAGAGUAUCGUCUGCAUACUGUACAACUGGAAAGCCAUUAUCAGGAGUUGGGAUUGGAAUAGUCAAAACACCCUGAGAAUAAGCUUUGUUGACAACAGACUGUAGUAAAUCAGCACCUAGCACAAAUAAAAGAGGUGAUAAUGGAUCCCCUUGCCUUACACCCCUUUUGCAAUAAAAAUUCCUUCCAAGAACCCCAUUUAGAAGAACUGAAGAAGAUGCUGAAGAAAAGAUCAAAUCAAUCCAAUUCAACCACUUUGAAUCAAAACCUUUUUGUCUCAUGAUGUCCAAAAUAGUAGAGUGCUCUAUAGUAUAAAAAGCUUUCUCAAAGUCCAACUUCAACAGCACUAUCUCCCUUUUUGAUUGUUGGCACUUGUGUAAGUACUCAAAAGACCAAGAGAGACAAUCCUGUAUUGUCCUGGCUUUGAUGAAACCAUAUUGGUUUUGAUGGAUGAGUUCUGUAAUUACAGACUGAAGCCUAUCAGCAAGAACCUUUGUUAAAAGCUUGAGAGCCACACUUUGGAGAGAAAUCGGUCUGUAUUCAUUAACCCUCUCAGGUGUUGAUUUUUUGGGAACAAGAGUAAUGAAAGAUCUAUUUAAACUUUCCAAAGCUAAGUUACCUUCACAAAACUGGGACCAAACCAUUGAAACUAACAAAGGAUGACUUAGACCCUGUUUGAUUCAACUUAGGAUUAUUAUAAUCUGGAUUAUUAGGAGUAAGCUGAAACAAACAAAUAGAUUAUCAUGCUAGAUUAUCAUAAUCUAUAAGCCAGAUUAGUAUAAUCUAAUAAUCUCCUCUGAAUGAGCUUUUUCCAGAUUAUUGAGUGGCUAAAGACCCACUACCCUUAAUGCCUCUAAUAAUCCAGAGAAACAAACAACUCGCAGCUUAUUCUAUGUCAGCUUAUUAUAAUUCAGCUUAGAGUAAUCUGAUUUAAUAAUCUAGAUUACAAUAAUCUUAAGCUGAAACAAACAGGGCCUAGUUACUGAUUUUACCGAUGUGAACAUAAGACGGUGCCAUACUUUUCAAGACUAUAAAAAAUGACUCAUUGGCUAGAAUUAAACUCCGAUGAAACGUUGUAUAAAACAUAUCGGCUUUCAAGAAUUAAACAUAUCUAGCCGAUAGAUCGGUCCUAAAUGUGUCAGGGUUACGGGUUAGGUAUACCCUUUACCCUUUGACGUACGUCGCAUACCGAUGUAGUAUACCCACACGUAGACGGAUACUCUCCGCGUAUAUUAAGGAAACCCCUCACGGAGUUUACAAAUGGAAAGAGUCCUACUCGGACAAGACUGGGUCAUCAAUGUAUCGGGUAAGGUUUGAUGUUUCCGAGUUCUACUUGGAAACCGCCUAACCUGUGAUAUAAAAGGGACCCCCCGGGAGGACCUAAGGCAUUGAAUCUCAGAGCCAACACAACCCACACAGCCUACGAAGUCGGAGCCUGCAAGGAGCCAAAUCGCCAGGGAUCGUAGUCGAGCCAACUCGACCACGAUCUCGCCGGAUUCGUCAAGUUCCACUGUUCCCUUUGUAACCUGUGUUUUCCAUCAUAUAAUCCCACAUCAACUGGAUUAGGGCUAUUACCUAUAAAGGGGCCUGAACCAGUAUAAUCUUUGUCUUUUGUCUGCUUGAUGUCGUAUUACGUAGAUCCUUGUACCAACGUACCCCAAUACCCUCUAUAUCCGGUUUACGGGUAUCACCCGUCGACAGUGGCAUGCCAGGUAGGGGCACUUGGUACUCAAGGUUCUACUACUAUGUCAUCCAGCCUCGUCAACAACAGCGUCAACACCAACCUCAGCCAAGUAUUCCCUGCUUCAACGAUGCUAGUGUGGACUCAAGUCGGCGAAAUCGUCUUCCCGGUUUACACCACAAUGCCGAUCUCAACCUGUCCACUAAUGACUGGAAACGAGAACGCAGUGGCUACAAACCGAGACGACUCCAUGUCGAAAGAUACUCCCACCGAGGCGAAGAACGGAAUAUCGACGACAUCCGAGCUCGAGAAGGAUUCUAAUGCGGCCAAACCUUGUCGUUCCGACAUGAACCGCGAGCCGACGAAGAUGACUUCCGAAGCAACAAGGUCCUGGUGUCCUAUCCACAAAACCAGCAAACACACUUUGCAAACCUGCUGGGUUUUCCUCAACGUCCGCGCUGAAAUUCGUAUCUGCAAAGAGCGUGGAAUUCAGCGUAUUUCUCCAACUCGUGAUGUCUAUUGUCCUAUUCACAAGACAAAGAAUCACGACCUCUCAAGCUGCAAGGUCCUUCUCAGCGCCAUGAAAGCGCCACCUCCUAAGGUCCAACAGUCACACAUCCCCAUCAGGGAUAAAGACAAGGAACGAGGAGCGACGCCAACUUCAGAUCGAUUUGUUGGGGUAAUCGAUAUCGAUCCUCACGAACCAUCAGUCUUGCACCUUCUCGAAGACUAUGGAUCAUCGACAACGAGCGCACUGCGGGAGGUAUUGGCUAUCGAUGAUGUCGGCACAUCAGCGCGCACCAAUGCAGAAGCAGAGAAUCAAUUGGCCACCCCGGCCCAGCACAUCAGAGCCGUCAACGCUAUACUGAGGGAAACCCCCUACGAUCCUGUUCUGAACGACGAUCUCGCUCGUUGGACAGCACGACUACGGGAAUCAGUGACUAACCUCAGCAACACGUUCGAAGAGGCCGCCGCCGCAGCGCACCCGGAGCAGCCACCAACUGGCGAUGCCAAUGGUGAAGAGCCUGAAUGGAGGGAAUCGCCUCAUUGAGCCACCCCUCCACCUUGCGGCACUAGCGAUCUCCGAGAUCACGUCAACGGCCGCCGAGAGGCACGACGCACACGAGACAAUGAAAAUCGUUCCCGGCGUCAUGUCUCUUCACGGCGCCAUAAUGACGAAGAUCGAGGAGACCGCUCAAACGAAGACCGAGGCCGUGAUAACCGCCACAACCGCCACGAUCACAACGAUCGCGAACGGCGGGUGCCAGACGAUACUGGUUGAGGACGUCGCCAUAACGACGACGAUGAUGGAGACUGGCGCCGGGACAACAGCGGGAGACGACGACAGGAUUCUCGAGAUCCAGGCCGACAUCCUCGUGAUCGUACGCCGGAACCAAGCGACCCAUCGUCAUCGUCAUCAUCCUCGGCUUCCUCAUCAUCAGACAGACAUCCACGAAGGACACACAAUCGCCGGCAACCCACCGCCCCAGCGCUGGGUGUAGGGCUUUCAGUCGUUCCCUGCGUGAUGUCUGAUGGCCUGAGAGAUUCCGACCCGGAGCAAUAGAAAAGUACGAUGGGAGCACCGACUCAGAAGAGUUCCUUCAAGUCUACUUCACAGUACUCUACGCUGCCGGAGCAGACGACAAC